GACUGCAUUUUUGCACCCCCUCUGCUUCUUGUUCGGCUUCUCGCUGUAAACAAUUUGAAAUUUGCAUUUAUUCGCCCCACUUUAUUUAGUUGCUAAUCAGUCUAAAUUGCCCAACAAAAGGAAUACUAAAUUAAGUAAUACCUGCUGCCGAAAACGGACUACUUUUCGAGACAAAUAAGCGCAAAAAACAGCAAACAAGCUAACAAUUUUGGCCAUUUGGAAGGGUGCCAAAAUAAAAACCGGCAAAAAAAGGGGGGCAAAGAAUGUGCAUGGGGCAUUAGAUGGCAGAAAAGCAGAAAAAGUGAAUAGAACAGCUGGCAGACCAGGUGCGUGGCUAGGAUCCGGAUCAUUUGGCUCUAAUACGCGGCCCUAAGCAAACACGACAGUUGAGAGUGGCAGGCGGACAAAAACAAAAACAACAACAAAAACAAGAGCCAUAAACCGGCAACAACUGAAAGUGCAGAUACAAAUCGGGCUUACGUAAGAUACUCGUAAUAACUGGCAGUUGGGCAAUCAAUCACCUCCAAAAUGUCGCAGCUAUCAAAUUUCAUCGAUGUGGACAAGCCCCUGUUCGAUCUCAGCACCUUUUCGGGGCGGUUCGAGUACUAUUCCUGGAUGACAGAUCCCCGGACAGUAAUCCUGUCCAGCGAUCGGCUGCUCCAAGCCAAGUCCAUGAUCGAAAGCUACCGACAAGGGAAACAAUCGCCGCAGGUGAAGCCGGAGGAAUUCCAUUACAACAUGAAGCUGUAUAGCUCGGCGUUCCAUCCGGACACUGGCGAGCUGCAGAACUUUUGCGGCCGUAUGAGUUUUCAGGUCCCCGGUGGCAUGUUGAUCACUGGCGGAAUGCUUGCCUUCUACCGCACCGUGCCCGCCGUGGUGCUCUGGCAGUUCAUCAAUCAAUCCUUCAAUGCGGUGGUCAACUACACGAAUCGCAAUGCCAAUUCUCCCACCAGCGUUACGCAGCUGGGCGUGGCCUAUGUUUCGGCCACAACGUCGGCCUUGAUCGCGGCCAUAGGAUGCAAGAACUACUGGUCGAAGAAGGCGUCGCCAUUGUUCCAGAGAUUCGUGCCCUUCGCCGCCGUGGCAGCCGCCAACUUUGUCAACAUUCCGCUGAUGCGACAGAAUGAGAUACUAAACGGCAUCGAGGUGAAAAACGAGGAGGGCGAGGUAGUGGGCCAGAGUCGAUUGGCGUCGGUCAAGGGCAUUGGUCAGGUGGUGGUAUCGCGCAUCUUGAUGGCAGCUCCGGGAAUGCUGGUCUUGCCCCUGAUAAUGGAGAGGCUGGAGAAGCUGCCCGCCUACAGGCGCAUCAAAUGGAUAAAUGCUCCCUUCCAGACCCUGAUGGUUGGGUGCUUCCUCUGCUUUAUGGUGCCCACGGCCUGCGCCUUGUUCCCGCAACAAUGCUCCCUGGACACAGCCACCAUGCGCACCUUUGAGCCCGAACUCUACAAGGAGAUGGAGAGCAAAACUGGAGGCCUGGUGCCCAAGAAGGUCUAUUUCAACAAGGGUCUAUAAGAUCGGCCAGAUAUCUGCCACCUUUGUAGGACAAUAAUUUGUAGGGGUUUCUAUGUCGUCGUGUUUUAUGUAGCAUUUAUUGUAUCAGUCUGUUGUUUGUGUCUAAAUGUCCUAGUCGCUAAGCCAAAAGGAAUCUCAAAACGUAUACAUUUUUAGAAAAACUCAAAUCAUAAA